CACCUACAACAGCGGAGCGGUUGCUCGUAAAUCAUGUCACUGUCAAGACUCCGCUACUUUGACUCUGGCUACUAUCGAGCAACCCUCGGUCGCUCUUAUUACAUCGAUGAUGUGUACGAUAAUGAAAAUCCUUGUCAUAUGCUCGAGGAAGCAAAGAGAACGAACCGCAAUAGAGUAACAUUUCGCUUAGAAGCGGGUACAGAUGACCACCAUCAAAAGUGCAUGAGGUACUCUUUGAUGUUUUUCUUCAUUUCCCUUGGCCUGAUAGCUGCUUAUCUCACAUGGGUGGCAAUGACGUCCAACUUCAACUUCAGUUUCUUUGACGCCGUUGUUUUGGCAGUUCUAAUUAUUUCCAUCCUUGGUGCAACUGCAACUUACUACAAAAACGCUUAUUUGCUUGGACUGACUUGUGCCAUCCUGACUUGCACUGCAACAUUCUUUGUGACGUUUCUGGUGUUAGCUACGUAUCUGUACACAGCGAAUGAAAAAAAAUUCCGUGAGCUUGUACCAGUGGCGCAUAACUUGUUCGGUGAGGAUACUGCUACUUCAACGCAGUUCUCAAAAGACUACAUGGCCGUUGUAGCGUUCUGCAUUGUUCAUGCAAUGGCAUUCUUCAUCAUGGCAUUCCUGUGUUGGAGGAUACGUGUUCAAACUGUAUAAACUGAAUACACGGCGAGAUAUUUAUUCUAAAUGAUGUAUCAAAUUGAUUAUUUGCCUUAUUUACGAG